AUGACCAAGCUCUCAACUCAACAGGAGUCAGGACCCUCACUCACUGUCUUGCACAUGCUCGCUUGCCUGCGAUCUUCCGUCGACCUCAACCUCUCUGAGACGACAUUCCCUGCCCAGCCAGCUCCAGCAUAUCCCCAUCUCUCAGAAGCUGCGAUCAUGGCGGGCGAUUCAUUGGCGCCUCCCCAGCUCACGCUCGACACAUCAUGUCGCCGCUCCUCCUCCACCAAAGGCGGCCUUCUCACGCCCUCCUCCACCGCGGGGACGUUGGCGUCUUCCGGUGGCAUGUCGUCGAGCUCGACCUGCUUCGACGACCCGGACGUGGCCCUGCGGCCCGACCCAGGCACAGAAGCCGACUUUGCGGUCGACAACAACCCAUACGCCUUCUCACCGGGACAGCUGAACAAGCUUCUCAACCCCAAGUCGUUAUCGGCGCUUCGCGCGCUCGGUGGCCUGCGAGGACUCGAGAAAGGUCUCCAGACAGAUCUGACCAGUGGCCUGAGCGUGGAUGAAAAGGGCGCCACUAGCACGGUCACGUUUGAGCAGGCAGUCCACGUUUCGGAGUCUGUCAUCCCCAAGAAGAUUGACCACGGAGGGAACACGGCAGGCGAAAGCUUUGCGGAACGCAUACGGGUCUUUGACCGCAACGCCCUGCCGGCCAAAAAGGCAACGCCGUUCUGGAAACUCAUGUGGGCGGCCUACAACGACAUGGUCCUCAUCGUGUUGACCGUUGCGGCGGUCAUCUCGCUGGCGCUCGGGCUAUACGAGACCCUGGGCGUCGACCACCAGGAGGGAGCCCCCCCCGCGCUCGACUGGGUGGAGGGCGUGGCCAUUGUCGUCGCCAUUGUCAUUGUCGUCGGCGUCGGCUCGUUUAACGACUGGCAAAAGGAACGUGCCUUUGUCAAGCUCAACGCCAAGAAGGAAGAGCGAGAGAUCAAGGUCAUCCGAUCGGGCCGAUCAGCCAUGAUUAACGUCAACGACGUACUCGUGGGUGACGUGAUCCAUCUCGAGCCCGGCGAUCUCGUGCCCGUGGAUGGCGUCCUCAUCGAAGGACACGAGAUUCGGUGCGACGAGUCGUCCGCAACGGGCGAGUCGGACGCCCUCAAGAAGACGGGCGGUGAGGCUGUGAUGAAGGCUUUGAACGAAGGUCAUAGCGGCCACGGCCUGGACCCCUUCAUUAUAUCGGGUGCCAAAGUGCUAGAAGGAAUGGGCACGUUUGUGUGCACCUCGGUGGGCGUCAACAGCAGCUUUGGCAAGAUUAUGAUGUCGGUCCGCACCGAGAUUGACACCACACCUCUCCAGAAGAAGCUUGGUAAGCUCGCAUUGGCCAUAGGCUACCUGGGCACCGCCGCCGCGGGCCUGCUCUUUGUCAUCCUCCUCAUUCGCUUUGGUGCCUCGUUGCCGGGGGACUCUCGAUCCCCGGAGAAGAAGGCAUCCAGCUUCAUGGACAUUCUGAUUGUGGCCAUCACCAUCAUCGUGGUCGCCGUUCCCGAGGGUCUACCGCUGGCCGUGACCCUGGCGUUGGCCUUUGCAACGAAGAGGAUGCUGAAAGAGAAGAACCUGGUCCGCGUGCUCCGCGCCUGCGAGACCAUGGGCAAUGCGACCACAAUCUGCUCCGACAAGACAGGUACACUGACAACUAACAAAAUGACCGUGGUUGCUGGCACAUUUGGAUCAACGAGCUUCUCGGCAGCCGACGCUGGCAAGAACGAGAGCAUCGCCUCCUGGGCCAGGGACAUACCCGAAGCCACCAAGGACCUGUUGAUCCAGUCGGUCGCCAUUAACGCCACCGCUUUCGAGGGCGAGCAGGAGGGCGUCGUUACCUUUGUCGGCUCCAAAACGGAGACGGCGCUGCUCCAACUCGCCAAAGACCACCUCGGCCUCGCGGCCCUCGGGCAAGUCCGCAACAACGAGGAAGUCAUCCAGAUGAUGCCCUUUGACUCGGGCAAGAAGUGCAUGGGCGCCGUCAUCAAGCUUCGCCAGGGCAAAGGGUACCGACUCCUCGUCAAGGGUGCCUCGGAGAUUCUCCUGCGGUACUGCUCAUCCAUGGCAAACUUCGAGACGCUGCAGGAGGACGACCUGACGGCGAGCGACAAGGACUCUCUCCGCACCCAGAUUGAGAACUAUGCCGCCAAGUCGCUGCGAACGAUUGGUCUCGUGUACCGCGACUAUGAGCAGUGGCCCCCCAAGACGGCGCGGCUGACCGAGACGGGCUCUGUCGAGUUUGCAUCCCUCCUCGAGGACCUCGUCUUCCUUGGUGUCGUCGGCAUCCAGGACCCCGUGCGUCCAGGCGUGCCCGAAGCCGUACGCAAGGCGCAGCAUGCGGGCGUUGUCGUGCGCAUGGUCACCGGCGACAACAUGACGACAGCGCGUGCCAUUGCGACGGAGUGUGGCAUCUUCCAAGAGGGCGGCAUCGUCAUGGAGGGCCCCAUCUUCAGGGCGCUCUCGGAGGAGCAGAUGGAUGCCACCCUGCCCAAGUUGCAGGUCCUCGCCCGGUCCUCGCCCGAGGACAAGCGGAUUCUCGUGACGAGGCUGAAGAAGCUGGGCGAGACUGUCGCCGUGACCGGCGACGGGACCAACGAUGCGCCAGCGCUCAAGGCAGCGGACGUGGGCUUCUCGAUGGGCAUCUCGGGUACGGAGGUUGCCAAGGAGGCUUCCUCGAUCGUCCUGAUGGAUGAUAACUUUGCGUCCAUCAUCACCGCGUUGAAGUGGGGACGCGCUGUCAACGACGCCGUCCAAAAGUUCCUCCAGUUCCAAAUCACGGUCAACAUCACGGCCGUCUUGCUCGCCUUCAUCUCGGCCGUCUAUUCGCCCAGGAUGGAGUCUGUGCUCAACGCUGUCCAGCUGCUCUGGAUCAACCUCAUCAUGGAUACGUUUGCUGCCUUGGCCCUGGCCACGGAUCCGCCCACGGAGAAGAUCCUUAACAGACGGCCGCAAGGCAAGGACAAGCCCUUGAUCACGAACAAUAUGUGGAAAAUGAUUGUCGGCCAGGCCAUCUUCCAGCUCACCGUCACGCUCGUCCUGUAUUUUGCCGGUGGCAGCAUUCUCAACUACGACAUGAGCGAUCCCGACCAGAGGCUGCAGCUCAACACCGUCAUCUUCAAUACGUUUGUCUGGAUGCAGAUCUUCAAAUUGUUCAAUAACCGUCGUCUGGAUAACAAUCUCAAUAUCUUUGAGGGGAUCCACCGCAACUACUUCUUCAUCGGCAUCGUCAUCCUCAUGGUCGGCCUGCAGGUGCUCAUCAUCUUCGUCGGUGGUCGUGCCUUUGAGAUUCACGAGGAUGGUCUGGACGGCACGCAGUGGGCCAUCUCGCUCGUCCUCGGCUUCUUCAGCUUGCCGUGCGGUGUGCUCAUCCGACUGUUCCCCGACGCGUGGUUCGCCGCGAUUGCGAGGAUUGUCGGAUACCCCUUUGUGAUCGCCUACCACUUCCUGGGGAGGAUGUGCAGGGCCAUGUGGUCCCCGUUUGGAAGGUUGUUCCGGAGGCUGUCGAAGAACGACAAGCAGAGGGAGAGCGAGGAUGAAGAGGAGGCUCCUGCUGUGGUGGAAGCGCCCAUGGUACGGAUCACGGCUGCGGAGUAG